AUGCAAGUUGGGUUAUUUCAAAAUGCUCGGUCUCAAAUGCAACGUGCAUUUCGCUUGUCUACGGAUGUGAACACUUUUUACACUGCUUGCAUCCUGCUACUUCACUGCUCUUCAGCUUUUUUCGUGGCGGCAAUCACUCCGUUCAUUGUGAGACGAUUUGCUUUACCGUCAUCUAUCCGAAACGAGGUGGAAUUGAACCUAUCCUUCAACACAUGCUUUUCUGAACUUCAUGGAAUUUGUUCCUUCCCCACGGCAACGGUGGAAUUUGAAAAGGGUACCCUGUUCUCGCCGUCUGUGCAUUACGCUUUAUCAGUACGUCUCCAAUUUGCGGAUAUUGAACAAGUACAGAAACUAGGCAUGUUCCAAAAUGUCCUAUCAAUUUAUGAUGGAGAAGAACUAUUGAGAAAGUACACAAAGUCAUCGUACUUGAGGAAGCCUACCUUCAUUACAAAGAUGGCAUGGGUUUUGUUCUUUCCGUUGUACUUCGUUGGCAUGUUCCACAAUUACAAUAUCAUAGAAGUUCCUUUGGCUAUGGAGCAUAUAGAAGCUGACGGUCGAUCAUCCUCAAAGCUUGUAUUCCAGCUUCAGGAUCGUUUUGCGCAGAUUGACAACGCUGUUCUCGUAAUCGAUGCUCGUUUCGGGAUUAUACGACAUUUGUUAUAUAAUUGGCCUCUUACUACAUCUUCCAUUCUUUUUGUGUCAUCACUCUUGGCAUGCUGUUUCUUGAUAGUUGUGUACUGGGGUACGAGAAGUUUAGUUGUGCUCUCGAGAGCCUCUGAAGGAAGUCGUGAGCACGACGUGGUCUCAGCAAAACUUACGUCAUGGUGCCUUCAAGCAAGUGCACCUGCAGAUGAAUAUCUCCCAGAUAAUGUGGAUGAAGUGCCUUCUUCUUUGGAUUUCACUGAUAUUCCGGGUUGGAGAAUACAAUCAUCGUUGAAGGAUGUGUCCCACAUGGAGCGAUGCUGUAAUGUGCGCCUCGGAGCUCACAAGGUGUCAAUGGUGUCCCCAGGUCCGUUGCUCGGAGACGCUACCUCACUUCCAUCUUUGUGUCAUGGAUUUUGUGGUCGCUACAAGUUACCUGCUGGAAACGAUAGUGGAACGGAAACAAUCUGGUCAGAGUGUGGUCCAUGCAAGUGGGGUAAUGGUGCGGUAGAUCAUCGAGUCUGUUCUCCAUGUCAGUCAGAACUGUCUCCAUAUGAUUGGCUUUUCCUGCUCUUUAUGGCUAUACUUCCACUCCUCGUGCACUGCUUCUGUGUGCAUUGGCACACACCCAAAAAU